GCUCGGCCAGUAAGGUUUGGUCUUUCCUUAAGCCUGGAAAACAAGGAGAACAGCAGGCCCGGAGAUGAGAGUGAAGGCAGCGACAGUUCCGGCGACGGUCCUGUCUUGUACAGGGAUGACGAUGCUGAAAAUCGGUUGGCAGCAAAAAUCGCGCGAAAAGAUAGCUUAGCACUGAAACUUGCCCUAAGACCAGACAGGCAAGAGCUCAUUGAUAGAAACAUUCUUCAAGUUCAAAGUGAGAAAGAAAGGCAAGAAAGUAAAGAAGCAGUAGGCGCUCGGCUAAUCAGGAGGUUGAGUAUGCGGCCCACGCAAGAAGAAUUGGAAGAGAGGAAUAUUUUAAAAACUGCUGAAGAAAAGAAGCUCAAAGAAGAAAAGAAGCGUAUGCUGCUGCGAAAACUCAGUUUUAGGCCAACUGUUGAAGAACUGAAGGAAAAGAAGGUAAUCUUUUGUUUUGAACUUAAAUUUAUUUAA